GCUUUUGUGAGACGGACCCCUCUUUCAAUGCUUCAACAUCAGGUGAGCGCAGCAUAUAUCGAUGUGUGUGCGGCUUCCUAGUCCGCAAAGCAAGGAUGCACACUUUCUUCUUGAUUGACCAUGUUUUUAACUCUCUUCGUCUCGGAUUUAUUCCCAUUCCGGGCAGAAAGCCUCCUUUCUGCAAUAUAGAAGACAUUUGCACUGUGCGACGGGAUGUCGAAGGUCAUCAAGCGCAAGGAGUUGAAGACCGAGCAGCACGGUGAUUCAUCGCAGCCGGAGCAGGCUGCCGAAACAUAUCGCUAUGCGCAGUCUCACGCCUUGUUGGCCACCACCAACGUGACGUCUCCUGCUCCUGCCGUUAUCUUUUCUUCACAGACACUUCUCCUCGAAAAUGCAAAGUUGAGAACACUGGCUGCACAGUUUCAAGUCGAUUUGCGACACAAGUUGCGUAAGAUCGAAGUCAAUAAUCGUCCUGUAACUUACAGGGACGAAGCCAGCACGAAGGCUGCCUUGGAUAUCUUGCAACAGCGCCGUUCAAGCGAUCCCGCUUACAAGGCCCCAACAGGAUUUAGCAAACUCACAAAAUCGAAGGCUAAGAUGGCCGAGUUUGACCUUAAAGAGAUUCAACGUGCCUUUGAGGCCGCUGCCGACAGCAACGCUUCUUUGGGAGUGAUUGAUGCUCUCCUUAAUAUGGGUGCGAGCGUUGACGUCGCUCGACGUGCUACAAAAAACCUGCUGAAGAUGAUGCAAAAUUUCGAUCGGGAGGACGUUCGGAGUCAAGUCGUGCAAGAAGCUGUCCGAAGAAAAAACCAUGCAAUGUUACAGCUCUUCGUAGCUCAUGCCGAUCAAAGAACUCUCGACGAGUCGCUUCUCAUUGCUUCCGAGCUGGAAGAUCUCCAGGCGAUCGAGCUCUUGGUGAGCCACAACGCCGAUUACUCCUCUGCUUCCGAUGCUUUCAUUACCGCUGUUCGCAAAGGCAGUCUGGAGACUGUCACGCUUCUGCUAUCUGCUAGCAAAGGUCCGUCCGCGGGCACAAAAGCACUGGCUCUUAUCGAGGCCGUUGAAAUUGGUGAUGUUCCAAAGACCAUCGCUCUUUUAGCAAGCAAUGCGGACGGAUCAUUUGACGAAGGCCAUGCCUUACGCUCGGCGAUCUCACAUGAUAAUAUUCCACUCGUUUUGUGCAUCUGUGGGGCGCCUCUACCUCCCAGCUCUAACCAACUUGACAGCAUGCUUGCGCUGUGCUACGAUCACGACACCGCUCGUGACGAGAACCUCUAUCUGCUCGAAAUUUGCCUAGCUUCCGGAGUCAGUGGGCCGCAUGCACCGCAGGUGCUCCAGAAAGCUGUCACCUUGAACAAUCUUGCCGUGGUCAAACUGAUGCUCUACUGUAAAGUCCCAGCUGACACUGACGGUGGUCAAGCUCCUUGCCAAGCAGUGUCACUUGGGCAUGUUGAUAUAUUUGAAGAGCUCAUGGGUGUUCCACUGGACGCGACAGCAUUGAAUAAUGCGCUGGUCUGUGCUUCAGAAACGCCUUCAACGGCGUACCUGAAAUUCGUGACCGAACUCCUCGCCAAGCAUGCGAGUCCUGAUCAUGAGCAGGGCAAGUCACUCCUGGGGGCCGUGCAAAAGAUCCGACUGGACGUUCUUCAAUUGCUCGUUCCAGUAUGUCAGGAUAAGAACUCGUUGCGAGCCGCUUUUGAUGCGAUCGUUCGUGACACUAAGCACCAGACAAGAAUUCGCGCACUGACAAUCAUACUUCGCGGAAAUCCUGUGCAAUCCGAUCUCGACCGUGGCCUGACGACAUUGGUAGAAGAACAAAAUAUGGAUGAUGAUGCCGUGAAUUUAUUGCUUACCGCCGGAGCCUCGCCUGAAUCAUUCGAUCACAAAGCUAUCAAGUUUGCCGCUUGCCAACACAACACGACUGCGCUCGAUUUGUUACUACCAUGGAUUGUGCAGCCUAAAAUGGCCUUCUCAGUGGCUGUUCAUGCGAUGACCAGGUCUCCAUCGUGGCAUGAAAAUUCCGGCUUGGAAACACUCUCGUGGCUGCUCGAGAGCGGUGCUGACGCAACAGAAAUCGAAGAUUCUCUCAUUGAAGCGAUCACUCUUUUUAACGCACCAGCUGUGAAGCUUCUGGCAGACUUUAUCGUAGACAAAGAUACUUACACUCAGGCAUUCACCGAAAUGUUGCGUUGUAGUAUCGUGGGAAAGUCCGAGCCGAGGCAGACAUGGUUGCAAAAGGAGUAUCUCGAACUAACAGAGCUACUGCUCAAGAAGGGAGCUCAGGGCGAGAUUGUCGAUAGUGCGCUUCUGCUUGCAAUUGAGGAUCAAAUAUCCACCGAGUCCGGUCAAAAACAUGAAGGAUUCAUUCGAUGUCUCCUCGAGAAUGGUGCUAGCGUUGACUACGGAGAGGGUGCAGCUCUUAAGAUGGCAAUCGAGGCAGGCGACAUCAGCCUCCUGAAACAGCUCUGUGAAGCUGGUCCUCUCGCUGUGACAUUGACUGCUCUGACUCCACUGACACUCCUCCAUGAGCAUGACGCCGCCAAGAUAGUCGAAAUGCUUAACAUUCUCACCGCUGGUGAAAAUAAACCUAAUCUUGCGAAACGCUCGAGCCUUCACGGAUGGUUGAUAUUCUUGGCCAUGGAGCACUACCCAAAAGAACCAACCAUCGUCCAACGCUUGAUCGAGCUCGGUUGUCCCAUCAACGUCCAGAUUGAGUACAAGGUCUUCGGCGAGACACCUCCCGAAGAGAGAAUCGAGGCCCACAAGAGGAAAGCAGACUUCUACAAGUACAAAGCCAAGUACGCUUCGACUGUGGAUGAAAUGGAGCAAUACUGUGACAUGUCGGCCCUGUGGUUUGAGCAAGCUGCCAAGUUGGCAAGUACCUGUCUGGCAGCCGACAGUCCAAUGCUUCUUUCUCUAGCCUACGAACACGCGCUGCUAUACCUCGAUUUCUCGCCGAAGCCUCAAGAGGGAAUUUCCAUCGCUCAGCAGGCUAUUGAUGCUGCCCGAGCGGUAAAUGGUGUUCAAUCUAAAGAGAAGUCGAAAUUGCUUGAUCUGCUGAGAUCAUCCAACGGAGAGACUCGGAUGGUACUUUAUGGAUCGGGAACUCACAUAAAAGGCGAAGAGCACGUUGAAGGUGAACACGCCUGGAUAAUUCAUGAGCCUCCAUCGCAAUCCUUCGGCGAGGAAAAGGCUCUGGAAAUUUAUCAGAAAGAACCCGACAUGAACUGGGUGGAGUACAGUGCGCUUGCCUCCACAUCCGAGGAUGGAGAUGCUCCAGAGAUUCUUCCCGAGCAAGACAGGAUGCCCGUCGAAAACGUGACACCGUUGCUCUGGGCAUGUUGUCAAGUGGGUGAGCAGUUAAUAAGCCCUUCUAUCGUCAAGGUGCUUCUCGAGAACGGGGAUGAUGUGAACACGAUAACCGAGAAAUCAGGAAGCUCAGCUCUCACGCUUGCCGCACGCCAUCGCAAUCCUGAUCUAGUGGCGCUACUUGUUGGAUUCAAGCCAGAUUCAUCUGUGAAGGACAAGCUCGGAAAUUCACCACUUCUGUACGCCGCGAGAAACAACGACAAGGAAUCGACAAUCGCCAUACUUGCGACAAAUCCAUGCAAGGACGAUGGGAGUGUGCAUGAAGCUGCUGUCAGACUCAACUUCGAGGUUCUCCGUGCGCUCUUGCAGGCAGGCCAUGAUUCAAAUUUUCGAUCGAAUGCAUUUGGAAACUUGACACCACUGGGCCAAGUUGCUAAAUUCUGCGACGGAAGCCAUAUCACUGAGCUUGAAAAGACUCUCGACGUAUUGAUGGACGCGCAUGCAGAUCCUCUGACGAGAUGCCGAGGCAAAACUAUCCUGUACCUGGCUCUAGAGAACAAAUUGCCUGUGCCAGUAACAUCCGCUAUCAUCGACCGUAUCAUGUACAAGCACAUGGACGACAAGGCCAAUGUCUACAAUCUUGAUGGCUUCAACUACUCACCUUCAAAGUAUAUCGAGAAGGGGCUAGUCAAGUUGUCAAGCGCCGAUGAAAAGGUGCUCCUUGAACUAAUUCGGAGUCGCGAGAACGAAGCGGUAUAUUAUGCAGACAAGGGUCUUGACAUGCAGCCUGAAGACGCGUGUGGGAUUCCCAAAUUUCUGCUCGCACAAGAAAGAGAAAGGCGCGAACUGUUGAACAUGCGACGGAAAGCGAAUCAUGAGGAGGAAUCUCUCCGGGACAAGCACGAGCAAAAGCUACAGCACAACGAAAAGAGAUCCGACGAAGCAGUGGGCGAUGUGUGGGAAGAACACGAUCUCAGUAAGCGACUUGAAGAUGAUAGUCAAGAGCAGAAGAUCCGACACCUGGAGGAGACACGUGAAAAAACUGUCCGCCAACAAACCGAGAAAGUCGCCUUCAUGAAGAUCAAAAACGAGAUGGAGACUCGACGGAAACGGGACGUGAUGGAGCUAGACAAUCAAGAGCGCAUGAAGAAAAGGCUACAGCUGCAACAGGUGAACAACGAAAAGGACCGCCAGAAACGGCAAGCUAACACCCUGAAUCGUGUCAAGCUCAGAGAUAAUCAGAUAGCAGCGGUGAAGAAAAGGAUUGUCUCAAGGGAAAUGGGCCAGGGCAAGACGCGACAGAAGUGAGAGACCGAUGCUCUCAGCCAUGCUAAAAAUAUGGACGCUACCAGUGCAGCGAUGGCGAGAACACGAACUGAGGCCCACAAUCACCGAUGAUGACGACUUUUCCGGCUUCGCCAACUCUUUAAGUCACCGCGGUUGAGCGGAUAACAUCAGGCACUCUGAUUCUGUUUCUGGAGACCAUGGAGCGUUCGAACCACUCAACUAUCUGUUAACUUCAGGCAUAUUGGAGAACCCCCUAGACGUAUAUAUCCGUUUCCGAUAAUCUCUUGACGGGCAUGGCCCAUGAACCAUGGAACCAUGUUGCGUAGGCGUGAUUAAAAAUUAAAGUUCAUGCUACGAUAAGACACGCCUGUAAGGUAUCUCCUGGUAAUUUCAUAAUCCAC